CCCCUUUUAAAGGUUUCGCGCACUGUGCAGUACACGGUGAUGUGGUCCGACAUGAAGACCCUCGAAACCAGAACGACCGAAAAAUACUAAUGCUAUUUAUAGAAAAGGAAUCGAUUGUUUUCACUACAGGCUUUUCAAAAAGCGUUUCAGAGACAGUAAAAUUAGAGAAGUCGUGUAACGGCGCCUCCAGUUUCGGGAGAAAAGACGUUGGAGACCGUAACACUUUAUUAUUGCAACUUUGCUCGCGCAGCGGCUAAUAUGAUGUGACUGUAAACCCCAUCUUGAUCUGGGGGGAGAGGGGGUACUAAACGGACUAUCUGCAAUCACAUUAUGGACUAUAUAUAUUUUUUAAGGAUAUCUAGAAAAGUGCAUCAUGAAGAAAGAAAAUUGUACAGGGUUUGGAACAAAACACACCGUCAAAGGAGAACAAUAUAGACAGUUCAGAAGUCAGAAGGCAAAGGCAUAAGUGAAGAUGACUUUCAAAGUAGCCAAAACAUGGUUUUUAAGACUCCUCCCUGUUGUGCUAAUCUUCAUCUGUUACUACUACUCCCAGUUCUACAUUGAAAGCUAUGGAGGCAGUGGGAAAUCCCCUCAGUCCACCGUUUCUGGAUGUGACAGUUAUCGCUCACAGAGGAAGUGGAAGAGUCUCAACUUUAACAUGAACAAAAAAGCAGAGCUCUUUCUAAAGCUAAAUGAUUUCUUCUGGAGGGAACAUCUGUCGACUCAAGCUCUGCCCUAUGGUAUUAAAGGCAGCGAGCUCCUGCUUUUGAAAGUCUUGGCAGUGAUUCCCAGCUACACAAUGCCAGCAUAUAUUGAGAGUUUAAAUUGCAGGACAUGUGCAGUCAUUGGAAACAGCUUUUCCAUUAAAAACACUUCACUGGGGGAGAUCAUUAACAAAUACGAUGUGGUGAUCAGAAAAUAUCACAGAUUGCAAUCAGAAAGAUUCAGAUCCGAAGAACCAGUCGGAAGGCUGAACGAUGCCCCAGUGAGAGGCUUUGAGGAGGAUGUGGGAAACAAGACCACUUUGCGUCUGUUUUAUCCCGAAUCAGCCUCUUUUAACCCGGGUAUUCACAAUGACCCGGACACCCUGCUGGUCCUGGUUCCUUUCAAACAGGAGGACCUCCGCUGGCUCAAAGAGAUCCUAUAUGAUGAGAAGAGGGUCCAAAAGGGUUUCUGGAAACCUCCUCCUCAGAUCUGGCUCGGCAGGACCAGUCAGAUCCGUGUGCUGGACCCAUAUUUCCUUCGCUUAACAGCCAGCAAGCUUCUUGAAAUUCCCUUGCAACCAAGCAAGCAUCAGAAGCCAAUCCAUCCAACCACUGGUAUUCUGGCAGUGUUUAUUGCACUAAACUACUGUGACGUCAUCCACCUUGCUGGAUUCGGAUAUCCAGAUUCCAGAGACCAGAAACAGCCCAUCCAUUACUAUGGACAAGACACAAUGAAAUCUAUGAAGAAUUCCUACCAUGAUCUCAACCAAGAGGCAGAAGUUCUUAAGAGACUGGAAAAACAGGGGGCCAUUAUAUACCUUCAUCAUUCUUGACAUACACUUGCAUGCAAAUGCUUAAAAAUACCACACUGCUUCUUAGUAUAUAUAGUAUUGAAUAUGUGUGAAUGCAGCAACAAAAACAUUAAAUAUCUUUAUGAUGGGCAGACAGGCCCAUGUUUGCUUGAAUUGGACUGAACAUGUUCAGCUCUCUAAAACACUGCAGAGUUGCAGAGGUGGGUAGUAACGUGCUACAUUUACUCCAUUACAUUUUACUUGAGUAACAUUUUGAAAAAUAAAAAAAACUUUUAGAGUAGGUUUAAAAGUGAUUUCUAAUUAUUUAUUUUUUUUCUUUUACUUCUUUACAAUUGGUGGUGCUCCUGUCAUUACACUACUGGGUUUAAUUUGAGUUAAUGUGUAAUUUAUUUAGAGAUUAUUGAAUGGGACUUUUACGAGAGCGGAAGUUCACACAGCUGCGCACGCUGUCACAGACUGUCACUCAAUCACUGCUGCAGCAUCAAACUCUUCAAAGUGAAACACUUACUUCGCUGUGAAAAAAAGAAUAGUUUCGUCAUGCAAUGUCUUCUUUAAACACCAAGACAAUCGGAUAUUUCAAGAUUAAAAUCACAGCUCUAAUUUAAGGCAGCAUGCUGAGGUAAGUUUUGGCUCUAAUCCUAACAUGGGCUUUUCUGUGUAAUGAGAUGGUCAUUUUCAGGGUGAUUCUGUAACUGGGCUCUUAUGACAUCAGUUUUUAAGUGUACAUUUUUAAUUCAGUGCAGCAGUAUAUCAGUGCGCUUUGUCCCGCGUCCCACAUGUCAUGAGCAGUAUUUAUGCAUUUACCCCGUGCCCUCGCGGGGGUACUGGAAACUAUCGCAGUUACUUCAGGCGGAUUAACUGUAUAAAUCCAUGUAAACAUCCAAGUUGAGUGUAAACAAAUUCAUUUUGCUCUGCCAUUCGUGUGAUCGAUAACUGGAGCGCGAACAGACAGUAUUUCUGCGUGUGCACAGCGAGGUGCACAAAACUAGGGAACGAGUGGCUCACUCAAAAUUCAGACACUCCUACAAAAUGGCAGACACCCGAAAUAGUGCACUAUAUAGUGGAUGGGGGCGGUUUCAAACACAGCGAGUGUUCCACGACCUGGGUUGGUGCCCUACUCACUAGACUACAUACUCUGCAUUUAGAGAGCGGUGGUACUGCUGUACAGAACUAAUGAUCUAAAUUAUUUCAAUACUGAAAACUGUAACUAUACUGAAAUAAGAAUCCACACAGGACUUUAAAAGCUAUGAAAUAGCUAAAGUAAGCAUUAACCAAACACGAUAUUUCUUUGGUUUAUAUUUCAGCAUUAUAAUGUCCUUGUGGGACAUUUUCACGUUUUCACUGUAAUAAUUACCAGAAAUGCUUCCAAACCUCUCUUGUUGACAAAUCCAUCCAGAUCUGACAAGAGCCCUUAAAGGUAUAGUUCACCCAAAAAUUACAAUUCUCAUUAUUUACUCACCCUCAUGCCACCCCAGAUGUGUAUGACUUUCUUUCAUCUGCUGAACUCCAAUGAAGAUUUUUAGAAGAAUUUCUCAGCUCUGUAGGUCCAUACAAUGCAAGUGAAAGGGUGGCAACAUUUUAAAGCUAAACAAACAAACAUAAGUCAGCAUAAAAGUAAUCCAUAAGACUCCAGUGGUUAAAUCAGUGUCAUCAGAAGCGAUGCGAUUGGUAUGGAUGAGAAACAGAGAAACAGAUCACUUUCACAUUCUUCUUCUUGUUGAUUCACAUUCUUCUCUGCAUAUCGCCCCUUGCUGUCUAGCAAAAAAUGACUAAUAUUGAUCUGUUUCUCACCCACACCUAACAUAUCACUUCUGAAGACAUGGAUUUAACCACUGGAGUCUUAUGGAUUACUAUGUGCUUUUUGGAGCAUAACAAUUUUGGCCUACAGAACUAAAAUAUUCUUCUAAAAAUCUUAAUUUGUGUUCUGCAGAAGAAAGGAAGUCAUACACAUCUGGGAUGGCAUGAGGGUGAGUAAAUGAGGAGAGAAUUUUCAUUUUUGGGUAAACUAUCUCUUUAAAGUGAUAGCUCAGCCAUAAUUUAAUAUUCUGUCAUAAUUUCCCUACCCUCAUGUUGUUCCAAACCAGUGUGACACUUUGUAUUAUGUGGAACACAAAAUAAGUUAGACAGAAUGUAAGGGACUGACAGUCUCUGUCACCAUUCACUUUCAAAAUAUGGAGAAAAAAAAAAAAAAAAAACAUUCACUGAAAGUAAAUAGUGACUCAUGCAAACAUUCUGUCUAAUAUCUCCUUAUUGUGUUUCAUAGAAGAAAGAAAGCCAUAUGGGUUUGGAACAACAUGAUGGUGAAUGAUGACAGAAUUUUCAUUAUUAAUAAUAAUAAUAAUAAUAAUAAUAAUAAUUCUGUAAUUCAUGUUCAAUAUGUAUUAUGUAAGGAAUAUAGGGGAGUAAACAUCUAUUAUGUAAUUUGUGAAAGUAAAUAGUUACUCACUGCUUGAGUACUCUUUUAAUUGGAUACUUUCUUACUCUUACUCAAGUAAUUAUUUAUGUUAGUACUUUUACUUGAGUACAGUUUUUGGCUACUCUACCCACCUCUGCAGAGUUGUUGUUUCUGUAAGAUUUCUGUGUUAGUACGUGAUUUCCAUAAUUUUGUCUUACCUCAGAUAUUUAUAAUUCUUAAUUAUUUUUUCUCUUAAUUAAGAGUCCUUUUGGAAAAUGUUAUUUGAAAUAUCACCACUGGAUAUUUUGUGAACUUUAAGUAUUUAAUUAAAAUGAAAUUUGAUGCA